AGCCUCGGCCAAACCGGCCGUUCCCAAAACCCAAAUAUGGAUCUGACGCUGACUCUGACUCCUCUCCUUCUCUCUCUCUCUCCGUUUCCUUGUGACAUAUAGAAAGAAACUUCCAUGACUGAUUUCCUCCAUUUGCAUUUACUCCCUUCCUCUACCAUCAUUUCCAUUGCAAUCUCCUUCAAUUUCCCUCUCUAUAGACCCCUUUAACAUCUCCUUUCUCUGAUCGGAACCUUCCCAUCCUCGCCGUCAUGAAUCGGAACUGGAGGGAGCCUCUUUCUGGUGCCCGGAAUGCUCCUCUCUUGUCUCAGCACCGCCGUGGUCAUAGCUUCACUGGAAUCUCCAGGGAUUCCGAUGAGAAUCUGGAUCUCUUCUCCAAAAAUCGCCGCAGUCUCUCCGUUGCUGCCUCUGAUGACUCCUCUGAUGCGUCGGUGAAAUUGGGGAGGCUUUCAGUUGGAUCGGUGAAAUUGGCUAAGAGUGGGAUCGACGAUCUGCUUUCGUCGACUGAGGGAGGGAAACACGAUUAUGACUGGCUUCUCACCCCACCUGGUACUCCUCUUUUCCCUUCAUCCUCUGAAAGUGAAAUUCAAUCUACCGUGGUAGCGCCAAGAAGUAGCACCUUAGUCAGGUCAUCUUCGACAACAAAAGCUUCAAGGCUUUCAGUCUCACAAUCAGAGAGCCACAAUCCUUCAAGGCCAGCUAGGAGCAGUUCUGUGUCUCGGUCCUCGGUCUCCACUCCACAGUAUAGUAGUUACUCCUCCAGUAGGUCCACUUCAUCAAUACUUAACACAAGCUCAGCUUCGGUUUCCUCUUACAUAAGGCCUUCCUCCCCUAGUACACGCAGUUCAUCUUCUGCGAGACCUUCUACUCCAUCUUCACGCACAACACCAUCGAGGUCCUCAACUCCUUCAAGAGCCCGUCCAUCCCCCACCAGCUCCUCCAUUGAAAAACCAAGGCCACUACAAAGUUCAAGGCCGUCGACUCCUAAUUCCAGGCCUCAAAUUCCUGCAAAUUUGAGUUCUCCUGCAGCCCGGUCAAAUUCCCGUCCAUCUACACCUACUCGGCGAAACUCUGCUCCUUCCCUCUCUUCUGUUGUCGGCACUCCAUCUUCUACAUCACGUGUUCUCUCAACAAAUGGUCGCAGUUCAACAUCAACAUCCCGACCAAGUUCUCCUAGUCCUCGGGUCCGGGCUGCACCUCAGCCAAUUGUCCCCCCUGAUUUUCCUCUUGAUACCCCUCCAAACCUUCGAACGACAUUGCCCGACAGGCCAAUUUCUGCUGGUAGAUCCCGCCCAUCUCCUGCUGCAUCAGUCAGAGGGAGUCCAGAGCCUUCAUCGACCAUUGCCGUGCCUAGAAGAGCAGCAUCACCUACCGUAUCAAGGGGAAGAAUAACCGACGCUCCUGGAAGGGGUCGGUUGAAUACCAAUGGACAUCUCAGUGACAGUCAUGAAACUAGGAGACUUUCAAGUUCUUCUGAUUUGAGCGGACGGAGACCUGUGAAGGCUUCUACAACUACAGCAGAAAGCAAUGGAUUUGGGAGGUCUAUUUCGAAGAAAUCACUCGAUAUGGCCAUCAGACAUAUGGAUAUAAGAAAUGGCCCCGGUAGCGUGCGCUCAGGUUCAGGCAAUACUCUAUUUCCACACAGCAUCCGAUCGGCCACUUCGAAAACUCAAUCCAUUGCUUUGAGUAACUCCGAGGCUAUUGAUACUGACUUCCAAAUGAGCAGUAACAACAACAUGGAGAGAGGAAACCAUUUUCAUAGACCUUCAGCAACAAUCGGAACCGAAGGAGGAGGAGAGAAUGGAAGAUUUUCUGCAAGCUUGAAUCAUUUGGACAUCUAUGAGAGCUCCCGUUAUGAUGCAAUAUUGCUCAAAGAGGACUUGAAAAACACGAAUUGGCUGCACAGCGCCGACGAUAAAACCGAUUUGGCUUCCAUUUUGGAUAAUGGAUUUGAAGCUCUGCCUGAGCCUUUUGGCCUCUUAUAACAUCUAAGAUGAUGAUGGAUGAGGUUUGUAUUGUAUUUUUAUUUUUUUCCCUUUUUAAAUUAUCAUCAUCAUCAUCAUCAUCAUUAUUUUUGGCAUCAUUUUGGUUUUGAAAAUGAUGGAAUCUGCCCAACUGCAGUGAGAAGAUAAAAAUAUGGAGAUUUGUAUGUGAUUUCUGAAGAAAAAUUAGUGUGUAUUGGUAGGGGGUGCCUGUUGAAGUAUUUUUCUGUGUAUCUAUCCCAAAGAAUUUGUUCAGAAAAUUUGUAUUUGAACUUUUAUUUGGGGAUAUUUUUUCAUUAGGUUAAAAACACGUUCGUUCCUCUA